AUGCUGGAAGACUCCGAGUGCGGUCCCAUCUGCCCACAAGGUCUCUGCAGCUCGCUUGUUUCGUUUGCGGUAGGGCCGAGGGUCUGCGGUUGGCUCCAUUUGCCGGACAAGUCUGGCGGCCGGUCCAAAAGGCCAUUGGCGACGACAAACGAUGCUGCCAGCUCCAGCGCACUGGCCGAAGGGCAUGGAGGUGAGCCUUGCUUGGCCAUGUAG